GUUCAAACCAUCCUGACCUUGCUCACUCACAAUAUAAAGUCCAGCACUGAUGUACAGACAGCAGAUGAUCUCACAUCCUCACCGCUGAUACAGCCAUGAAGAUGAUAAUAGUUGCUUUGUUGAUGGUGGUGGCGACGCUGGCGAGGGCGCAGGGCGGUUAUGGCGGCUUCGGUAGCCAGGGCGGUCGUGGUGGCAUCGGCAGCCAGGGCGGUCGUGGCAGUUUCGGCAGCCAGGGCGGUUAUAGCGGCUCUGGCAGCCAGGGCGGUCAUGGCGGCUUCGGUAGCCAGGGCGGUCGUGGUGGCAUCGGCAGCCAGGGCGGUCGUGGCAGUUUCGGCAGCCAGGGCGGUUAUAGCGGCUCUGGCAGCCAGGGCGGUCAUGGCGGCUUCGGUAGCCAGGGCGGUCGUGGUGGCAUCGGUGGCCAGGGCGGUCGUGGCAGUUUCGGCAGCCAGGGCGGUUAUGGCGGUUCCGGCAGCCAGGGCGGCUCGGUCAGUCAGGGUAGCUUCGGAAGCCAAGGAGGUCAGGGCGGUUAUGGCAGCCAGGGCCCCUCUGCCCCCGCCAGUUACAACUUCCAGUGGGACGUCAACGACUCAGCUUCAGGCAACUUUUAUGGUCAGAAGGAGCAGCGAGACGGUGACAACACCCAGGGCAGUUACUACGUGCAGCUGCCUGACGGUCGGCAGCUGAAAGUCGACUACUUCGCUGACCAGACUGGCUACCACCCGACCGUCACCUUCCAGGGCCAGGCUCAGUCCAGCAGCGGGCCUGGCCAGGGCGGCGGCUCUCAACAAGGCUACUACUAUCAGUAACCAACCCACACUCUUCCUUACUUGUGCAAAGUGCAAUAACCACGCUCUUCCUAGGUGCUCUUUCAGCAGUCUACCUUCCAAUUGAACAAGUGUUUAGUUUACGGUUAUUUAAACGACGGCAAUAUCCUAGCGUAGGCCGUCCGUUCUAAACGUCAGUGCACAAUAGUUAAUAUUUAUUUUAGUCUCUUAUUAGAUCGUAAUGCAAUGAAAACCAGUUUGCUAUUCCAAGGAGUUACUUUGAUGGUUGUCCGGUCAUGGUAGUUAGUGAAUUUCGCAAACCAGUCCAUAAGUCUUUGUAUAUUUUGAUUUUAGACCAAUGUACAGUACAGUCAACCCUCAGUUGUUUCUGGAAUAGCUUACUCUACUAAUCUCUUGAAUGCUCUCAAAGUAACCCUCAAGUCUCCUGA